UCUGGAUGCGGGAAUGACGGACGCCGAGGUCUGUAUGGGGUCUCUAGGGGUCCCUGUGUGUCUCUGUGCCCCCCCAGCCCCCGCUCCGGCUCCACGCGCACCGCGACCGCGUGUUGGUGUGGGCGGCGGAAGCGGUGCGGACGCUGCGGGAGCGGCACCGGAUGUGGGGAGCUUUGGUUGGCGCCCCCUCGCGGCGCGGAGGGGGAAGGCGGCUGCCGCUGCAACUGCUGCCGGAGGAAGGGCGGCUGCUGGAGGAGAUCGGGGCGGCGCGGCUAGAACCGGAACCGGAAACGCGGAGACCGGAAGUGGGCGGGAAAAGGCCGAUAAGCUGCGGACUGGAAGUGGGAGUUGAGGGACCGGAUGUGGGAAUCAAAAGGUCGAGACUGUGCGGAGCAGCGGCGGGGGCAGAGGGAGUGGAAACGGAUGGACGGGAAGCUGGUGAUGAGAGACCGGAAGUUGAUAGUGAAGGACAGGAAGUGAGAUCCGAGGGACUGGAAGUGGAGAAACCGGAAGUUGAAUGUAAAGGACCGGAAACGGAGAGGUGGGAGGUUGAAACGGACUGGCCGGAAGUGGACGCGGUGGGGCCAGAAGUAAAAGCGGAUGAACCGGAAGCGGAAGCGCACCGGGAGCGCCGUUUCCGGGUGUACCGGGACCUGUGGGGGCGGGGGCUGCACCUCACGGCCGGCGGCAAAUUCGGGGGCGACUUCCUGGUGUAUCCCGGCCCCCCCCCGCUGUUCCACGCCGCCGCCGUCGCGCUGUGCCCGCGCAGUUCCGCUCCGUUGCCGCUGGGGGCGCUGCUGAGCGCCGCGCGCCUCGGAACGGCCGCUCGGAAAUCGCUGCUGCUCUGCGCCGCGCCGCCAGGGGGCGCCUGCGAGUACAGCGCGCUGCGCUGGAGGCGGGACAUGGCGUAGCCACGCCCACUUUGAGGUGGAGCUCGACGUGGCCACGCCCACAUUAGCGCCGCUUUUUCUGAGUGGGGGCGUGGUCUCGAUCUGAUCCUGUUUAUAGUGGGCGUGGCUUUGUCCAAAGGGGCGUGGCUUGCGUUGGCCACGCCCCCUCCAUCACGGCACGUUUUGGGGUGAAAUGUGUCGGUUUUGGCAAUAAAUGGUUCGCAUUUUUAGAAA